UAACAGUUCUGCACCCCAACACACAUCAAACAUACACUCAUUUUCAACAUCAUGGAACUUUUUAAGAUUCUUUUUGUCUUUCUCAUCACUCUGCUACUCAUCUUCAAGCUCGCACUCUCUUUCUGGUGGAGACCAAGGAAAAUUGAAGCCCAUUUCUCCGACCAAGGAAUAAGAGGACCUCCUUAUCGUUUCUUCCUCGGAAAUGUUAAAGAACUUGUCGGAAUGAUGAUGAAAGCCUCUUCCCAACCCAUGCCUUUCUCUCACAACAUUCUCCCCAGAGUCCUUUCCUUCUACCAUCACUGGAACAAAAUUUAUGGUUCGACGUUCCUGGUUUGGUUUGGACCCACCGUUCGAGUCAUCAUCUCUGAUCCAGACCUCAUCCGAGAAAUCUUGAUCUCCAAGUCAGAAUUCUACGAGAAAAACGAAUCUCCCCCACUUGUCAAGCAGCUUGAAGGUGAUGGGCUCCUGAGCCUAAAAGGAGAAAAAUGGGCUCACCACCGAAGAAUCAUCUCUCCCACCUUUCGUAUGGAGAAUCUCAAAUUGUUGAUACCGAAUAUGGCAACAAGCGUGGUUGAGAUGUUGGAGAAGUGGAAGACAAUGGCCGAGAAGGGUGAAGUGGAAAUCGAAGUUUCAGAAUGUUUUCAAACCUUAACAGAAGAUGUAAUAACUAGGACAGCGUUUGGAAGCAGCUACGAAGACGGGAAAGCCGUUUUCCGGUUACAAGCCCAACAAAUGGAACUGGCAGCCGAUGCCUUCCAAAAAGUGUUCAUUCCAGGUUCCAGAUUCUUUCCGACGAGGAGGAAUUUAAAUUCUUGGAGAUUGGAUAAGAAAAUGAAGAGAUCAUUGGUGAAGUUGAUCGAUAGACGAAAAGAGAAUGCGUGUGGGAAUGAAAUUACGAAAGGAGCGAAGGAUUUGCUGGGGCUUAUGAUUGGAGCUUCCGUAACGGUGGAUGACAUGGUGGAAGAGUGCAAGACAUUUUUCUUUGCAGGGAAACACACAACUUCCAACAUGCUGACGUGGAGCACUAUUCUGCUUGCUAUGCAUCCGAAGUGGCAGGUAGAGGCACGUGAGGAGGUGGCGAUGGUGUGCGGUGCACGUGGCAUCCCUACCAAGGACGAUAUCGUCAAGCUUAAGACAUUGACGAUGAUCGUGAACGAGUCUCUAAGGCUGUACCCUCCGACCAUCGCAACCAUCAGAAGGGCCAAAGCUGACGUGGAGCUAGGGAAGUUGAAGAUCCCGUGCGGGACGGAGCUUCUGAUCCCCAUCUUGGCCGUUCAUCACGAUCAGGCCACGUGGGGCAGCGACGCGAACGAGUUCAAUCCUGGCCGUUUCUCCAACGGCAUGUCUCGCGCUGCGCGCCACCCUUUUGCAUUCAUCCCCUUCGGGCUCGGUGCGCGAACCUGCGUGGGACAGAACCUGGCGCUUCUUCAAACGAAACUGACCCUGGCCAUCAUGCUUAGCCGUUUCAGUUUCAAAUUGGCCCUUACCUAUCGCCACGCGCCAACGGUCCUCAUGUUGCUCUACCCUCAGUAUGGCGCGCCGAUCAUUUUCCAACCCAUUGCCACAACCGCAACCACCGUGGAUUGUUGAUGAUGAUGAUCGUGUUUGUGUAGAAUGAGUGUAUAUUGGGUUCCGUUUAGGGAUCAAAUCCCCCCUUAUGUCUUUUGGAAAAUUCAAGACACAAAAAUUAAAUAUGUAUGGAUUUGGGUUAUAUUAAGCGUUUAAAACAGUUUUUUAAAACUUUAAAAUUGCCAAAAACAUAUUAGAGGCACCUGGUUUGUGUUACUUGUAUCCUUUACGAUCAACAAGCUUUUCAAUAUUCUUCUACGAUUUUUAAUGU